AUGUUCUUGUGGACUUCUUCUGGCCUGCAUCGCAUGAGCUCCUGGCUCCGCGGUAAUCGCCUUGAUCGUCUUCCUAUCCGAUGGAUCGCUUUACUGGCUGUUGCCCUCGGAGGCGCAGUUAUCUUCUAUCUACUCGCCGUCCCACAACUUCUCAGAGUGCGUCUCCGCGCUGGCUUGAGUUGGUAUGACUUAGGUGCCCAAGGGCUAGGUCCGGACCGAAACUAUGUUUCCUUCGACCAGGAAUCGCCGAUUAUUGAAAUUUCCCCACCUGGGGCGCAAUGCGAUUCGAGAUAUACAUUCCUUGCGCCUCGCGGCGAUUCUGUCGCCCACCCUGGUCCUAUGAUCCUGGAUUCUGCUGGUGAACUUGUGUGGACGAAAUGGAAUUGGGGAACGACGCAAGACUUUAAAGUACAGCGAUACAAGGGCGAGGAUUUCCUGACCUACUGGCAAGGGGAUACGGAUGAUAAUUAUGGCCGGGGAUUAUGGUACAUGCUUGACUCGACCUACAACCAACGAUAUGUUGUAUCACCAAUCGGCAUGUACGACGGCGAUUUGCACGAUUUCCACAUCACCGCCAACGACACCGCACUUUUGAUGAUUUAUGACCCUAUUGUGAUGGACUUGACCUCUGUUGGCGGACCUGAGCAGGGGUGGCUGUAUGACGGAGUCUUCCAGGAAGUCGACCUUGAAACAGGAGAACUUCUGUUCCAAUGGCGUGUAUCCGACUAUUUCUCCCCGAGCGACAGUUACGACCCAAUCGGCAACACUGGUACUGGGCGCACAUCAGCUUACGACUACUGCCAUAUCAACAGCGUGGACAAAGACGACCAGGGCCGGUACUUGGUUUCGAUGCGACACCUUCAUACCAUCGCCUGCAUAGACGGAACAACCGGCGAGGUUUCCUGGUCCUUAGGAGGAAAAAGAAACGACUUUGCCGAUGCUUCUGAUGGUGCCGCUACUGACUUUGCUUGGCAACACGAUGCCCGCUGGCAAGGUCCAAACCGCCUCAGUCUAUUCGAUAAUGCCGCCUAUACCAAUGAUCACCCUGACGCAGUAAGCCGCGGAAUGGUAGUUGACCUUGAUAUGAAUGCACGGCAAGCGACACUCGCACAGUCCUAUGACCAUCCGCAGGGCUUGAUGGCCGUUUCCCAGGGAAACCUGCAAGUGCUGGAUACUGGCAAUGUUCUCGUGGGCUGGGGCCACUCGGCUGCUUACACUGAGUUCUCACCCGACGGUGAAAUAGUAUGUGAUGUACACUUUGGCGCUUCGGCUUUCUUCACCUUUGGCCGGGUUGUCUCGUAUCGCAUUUUCAAAUUCGACUGGAUCGGUCAUCCUACAUCAGUACCCGACGCAACACUCACUCCCGACAGUGUCUUCGUCAGCUGGAAUGGUGCGACCGAGGUAGCUGCCUGGCGUGUCGAGGCAUGGGACGGCGAAAGCUUGUCCAAUAUGACCUUCAGCGCUGUUGACCAGGUUCCUCGGUCCGGGUUUGAGACUGAGAUUCAUCUUGCUCCCGAGGUGGAGUCUUUCUUUCGCUUGCGCGCUAUUCAUGGAAAUGGCGAUAGUCUUGGGGUGACGGAAUUGCUCCAGAGAUUACCCGCUUCUGAAACGGGACGGUCUUCGGCGUCUAGCCAUUCGUGGUCCUUAUGGACUAUUGUGAUUGUUGCGCUAGGAUGCCUUGUUUGUGGUGUUUAUUUUGCUUUUUACCGUCGAUCCCUGCGAGGAUCUCGCUCUCUUGCUCCUUACCAGUUGGUAGCCCAUAAGGAUGAGGAUGAGGAUGAACAUAACCGUCUGCCAUUAUAG